CAGGGUGUGAAAAGAUCAUGUAUCCGGUCCUUCUGAGGAAAUGUUACAUAUUAUAAGACGAACAAUGCUUUAACCAAAGGCUGUUAUGUUUCUAUAUGUAUAUAUACUGCAGGCUUAAAGCCAUAAGUAUGUCACCGUACCUUUACUGGCUUGUUUUUCAGGUUAUAUUUUUGCCCUUUUGUUGCAUAGAACCGAAUAGAUGAGACAUGAAAUAACAGAAGGAGCAAGAGACAGUGAAGUACAGCUUACUACACAUUAUAUGUCAGAAAGCUGCUACAAGACUACUGCUCCAAUGGUUGGAUGUCAAUUAAAACCAUCAGAAACCAGAUUAUUAUUGUUGUUGCCUUAAACGCCGGCAAAAUAAAACUCACCACUAUACCCAAAUCAAAAAUUAUGCAAAUAUAAAGAAAUUAACAAAUACAUCAAAUCACACCCGAGUACUACACUAGACUUAUGUGUAAACCUUUGGCUGAGAUUAUCCUCACAAAUAUAAUGCUCUUUCUUGCAUGUAAGUUUGGUCAGAAACAUCAUAAACAUAAAGAGUCUAAACAACAAAUCAUCACACUAUCACUCAUUUGUAUAUUUCUGACUGAGGUUAUUGGCUUCCUGUCUAUUAACAGGAAAGAUGAAUCAGAUUAUCAUUUGAGCAGUAGAAGAGAAGAUGCUUUAACCAAAACUGAUUUUACUUUUACUUGCACCUUUUAAAAGCACUACAUAUGGUGCUGAAAAUAUUUCAUGUAAGGGUAUGGUUUGAGGAGAGAGCAAAAAAAGGAAGAGAGAAAAAGUCAGGAAGCACUGAGACCAAUGUGUUUCCUGAACAAAUUCCGUUUUAAUCAGAGCGCCACCUGAUCUGGGUCAGUCGACCCCUCCACAGACAUCAGAGAGAAAUCAGAAGAAAGGAGAGACAUAUAGACAAGAUACGUGAGAGACAAGUGCAUCUUGUGCCCACUAUUUUACUUGUAUGUCCGACUUCUCUGAAGCUCACCAUGAAGCACUCCACAACAUCUCCAGAUUCUGAGUACGAAGACUAUGACUACCCAAACACUUCUUCCAAAGACAAUCCUAUACAAAAUGAGGACUUUGCCCCCUGCAGUCUGAAGGAUACAUGGGCGAUUCUUGGUCGCUUUGCCCCCGUGGCUUACUUCCUGGUCUUUAUCCUGGCACUAGUGGGUAACGUUCUGGUUCUGUGUGUGAUCCGCCGCUAUCGGCAGUCUCGACACAGCCCCUGCUCCUUCUCACUGACAGACACCUUCCUGCUCCAUUUGGCCAUCUCUGACCUCCUACUGGCAUUAACGUUGCCAUUUUUUGCCGCUGAGUGGAUCAACGAGUGGGUUUUCGGUGUAUUCAUGUGUAAAAUAGCUGGAGCGUUGUUCUCGCUGAACGUCUAUUGUGGGGUGCUAUUCCUGGCCUGCAUCAGCUUCGACCGAUACUUGGCCAUUGUACACGCCAUUAAUAUCAGCCGGAAACGUAAGACCUGCCACGCUCAGCUGGCCUGUGCCGUCAUCUGGAGCGUCUGCCUGGGACUGUCGAUGGUGGACGUCUACUACCGUUACGUGGUGAAUGUAUCCGGCAUAAACCGGAUGAGAUGCCAGUUAGAAUUUUCUCAAGAGAACAGCCAGCAAUGGCAGGUCGCCAUGCAGCUGGUUAGCAUGAUUCUUGGAUUCAUACUUCCCCUAUUAGUCAUGCUGUACUGCUACCUUCACAUUUUCAAAGCACUGUGCCACGCCACACGUAGACAGAAACGACGCUCGCUGAGGCUCAUCAUCUCAUUGGUCAUUGUGUUUGUAGUCAGUUGGGCGCCUUACAAUGCCUUGCGGAUGACCGCCAGCUUGCAGAAGCUUGGGGUUAUUUCCGAAACCUGUGCCCUUCACAAGGUGCUAGAUGUGGGCAUUUUCGUAACAGAAAGCCUGGGGUUGGCACAUUGUGCUUUAAAUCCACUACUCUACGGCCUUGUGGGGAUAAAGUUCCGUCAUGAGCUGGCCCAGAUGUGCAAGGCUGCUUUAGGACCCCAGGGGUGCCUCGGGUUAGCAGGAUGGGCAAACGGUCGGGGAUCAAGCCGCAGGCCUACUGGAUCAUUCAGCUCAGUGGAGAGUGAGAAUACCUCGUACUUCUCUGUCAUGGCCUGAAUAGAGUGCAAAUGACAUGAGCAAGCAUGCGAGAAUACAAGUGACAGCUCUUUUUAUCUGGAAUUAGGAAGAAACCACAAUUUCAGUUUGUGUAAUCUGAUAGAUAUGAAACCUCCUUCAUGUUCUUUAUUUUUCUUCUUCUUUUUUUUUUUUUUGCAUUUUCUAAUGCCGUCUUAACGUCCAUUCUGUUUGAGGAGAUUUUGUCAUGAAUUUUCUGUAUUGUUAAAGAUCUACAGGCAUGUUUUAAAUAUGAAGAAUAUCCAAAAAUUGCAGUAUUUUUUUCCAUUUUUGCUUGAUUUUAACUAUAAGCUCUAUGUCUUUUAUAUUUUCCAAGAAUUCCAUAUUGAGGUAAAAAAUAUCUAUAUAUAUAUAUAUAUGAUUUAAAAUAAAAAAUAAAAAAAUUCUGUAGAUGUUUUUUUUUUCAUCAACAAUUCCUCCUUUUAUAGCAGCUAUAACUGUAACAAUGAAUCAUUUGCUGAGUUGUCUAGUGUCACAAGCAGGAACUGAAAACAGGCUCCACGUUAAUUUGCUUUAUUUCUCAUCUUCAUUAAUAACUCCGUAACAUCAAACUGAGUUUUGUUUAUCAUUUUAUUAAUCUGUUUUUUAAUAUUUUAAGUAGAUGUCGUAACACAUAACACAUUGUAUAAAGUACAUCAUAGAUAUCAGCAUACAAAUCAGGAUGUUUUCUCCUAAUGUACGUUUUGUAAAAUAUUUCGAUUGUUAUAUUUGUUAGUUCUGUGUUGCCACCUCUGAAAAAGAAUAGAUUCCAUUACUCUUGUAAUAAAGGUUUGUGUGACUCACUUUUACUACUCUUCUUCAGCUCUAGAUUGAAGAGGAUGUGACACAUAAAUAUGAAUUCUGAGAAUGACAGCCUCAAAGGAAACACAGAGCAAAAGGUGUUAUCGCUUUUCUUCCAUCAUUAAAAUUACUUGUUUCAAUUA